UUGGAUUGGUUUGCAUUUGGGUUUGCAUUUGCACCCAUUCUUUGUGAAAUGGUGUCUCCAAUUCUUCCUUCUCCACUCUGUUUGAAGUGACGUUUUUCCGUCUCUUUUCUUCCAUAUAAUGUGAUGCGUUUCGCUGCGGGAGUGGCAGACGGGAGUUUACAACUUUGUCAGGGGGGCGAUUGUGAUUGUAGGCCUGGCCCAUUAAUAUUUUUGCUUCCCAAUACAAUAAUAUCAUCGAACAAGAUGCUUUUGACCCGCGGUUCUCUCUUUUGUCUUCCAUAACGUUAACCUUCUUCUCCUUCUCCUUCUCCUAAGUCCUCUCUUAGGCCUUACUUCCGUCCUUGCCUUGGCCUUCAAUGGCCGCUGCGAACCAGUAAUAAUACACUAUGGAGGAUUCCAUGUGCGGUUUCUCAAUGGGUUUUCAGUGGUAGUGAGUUUUUAAUCGGUGGGAUUUGAGUUGAGUUGAGAGGAGAGAUGGGAGGCGUGAAUAAUUGCUGGUUAGGGUUUUCACUUUCGCCUAAUCUGUCGGUGGAUUUGCAGGAGUCGACACAGUCUCAGUCGGCGUCGAGCAAUAGCAAUAGCAUGAGCAUGAGUAUGAGUAUGAAUAUGAAUAUGGUGCACUCCAAUCAUAACGCCCUCGCUUUUGCCAGAGAUAGCUGUUAUGAAGUCGUGUCCUCUUCUCAUAACGUUGACAGCCCUGAAAUCACCACGCUCCGAUCCGAUGGCUCACUCUUCAUCCUCGACCGCUCCCAACCCCAAGAGUGGCAGACGAGGAGCAUGGUGGCAGGAUCGGAAUUGCAGUCCCAGCAUUUGAUCAAUGCGGAUCUUUCCAUGCUCGUUGGCGGCCGCAACGACAGCUCGCACUAUGAACAUCACCAUCACAACAAUAACAAUCAUGGGCAUCAUCAUCAGGAAGGGCCAAAAUUGGAGGAUUUUCUGGGCGGUGCUUCUCUGGGUGGAGAGCAGUAUUCUGAGAGCAGGAAUGAAACGAGGCAGACUUCAAUGGAGAGCAUGUACGGUGCUGCACAGUCAUUUAACGUGGGUGAGCAGGUGGGAAUGGGGAUGAAAAUGGUGCUCACAGAUCCCGGCGGCCGACUCUUCAGCAACUUUGACAUGGCAGAUUCAGAAUUGUCGGCAACUGAUGACAGUAAGCCCUGUGCUGCAGAGGACGAUGAGAGCUUAAAAACUGUCGGCGCCAUCCACGGUUCGAAUCUGGGCAGCGACUCAUAUGUCCCCACCUCCACCGAUUAUCAUGUCUUCCCUGACUGCAGUCUCCAGCUUCCCCAGGCAUCGGCUCUCCAGACUACUAACAACAAUAGUAGUAGUAAUAAUAAUAAUAAUAACAGCAGUGGCAUUAAUGGGCUCUCCAUGAUCAAGACUUGGUUGACGACUCAGCCUUGUUCAGCAGAGAGUAAAAUGAAGAUGUCUACUUUCAGUGCUGGAGCUGCUUCUGCUGCCACCAUGACCAACAGUACAACAGCAGGAGAGGGGAAAGAGGGUUUUAAUGCACUACAGUCGUUGUCACUGUCGAUGAGCCCCACUUCUCAGUCCACCACUUCCAUGGCCAUUGUUCCUCUUCCUUCCCACACAGAUGACACUCUUCUUGAUAGCUCUGAGAGCAAGAAACGGGCUUUGGUGCUCUCUGAAAAGCCCACUUCUUCAGAGCCCGCUCUCAGAAAAUCCAUCGAUACUUUUGGCCAGCGCACUUCUAUUUAUCGAGGAGUCACCAGGCAUAGGUGGACUGGGCGAUACGAGGCUCACUUGUGGGACAACAGUUGCAGACGAGAAGGCCAAACGCGUAAAGGUAGACAAGUCUAUUUGGGUGGGUAUGACAAGGAAGAGAAGGCAGCUCGAGCAUAUGAUCUUGCAGCUCUCAAGUAUUGGGGUCCCACAACCACUACUAAUUUUCCUAUAAGUAAUUAUGAAAAGGAGCUAGAAGAAAUGAAGCACAUGACGAGGCAAGAAUAUGUUGCAUCUCUGAGAAGAAAGAGCAGCGGCUUCUCUAGAGGCGCAUCAAUGUAUCGAGGAGUUACAAGGCAUCAUCAACAUGGAAGGUGGCAGGCGAGAAUUGGAAGAGUUGCAGGAAACAAAGACCUGUACUUGGGCACAUUCAGUACACAAGAAGAGGCAGCGGAAGCCUAUGACAUUGCUGCUAUCAAGUUCAGAGGUCUGAAUGCAGUAACAAACUUUGAUAUGAGCAGAUAUGAUGUGAAAAGCAUACUUGCUAGCAGCACCUUGCCGGUUGGAGGGCAUGUGAAACGCAUCAAGGAAGCUGAGCCAUCUGACCCCAGUGUAGAGGCUCGCCACCAUGAUGAGGACAGCACCUUGAGCUCCUAUGCAGCAAUCAGUUACAACAAUGCAGCAUCUAAACAAGAAUGGCCCAUCAUUGCUGCAUUUCAGAACCAUCAUGCAAGCCAACAGGCCCGAGCAUGGUGCAAGCAAGAACAAGGCACCCAAAAUCAGCAUGAUCUCCAAGUACAAUUGCAAUCCUUUCAUAACCAAAAGUUCUACCAACCCCACUUUGCAAAUGCCACAGUCUUGCACAAUCUAAUGAGCCUGGAGUCCCCCUCUCCUGUAGAUAACACCAAUAAUAACAGCACAGGCUCCACUUCAGCACUUUACAGUAACAUUUCAACUAAUAAUCUUCUACCCAAUGGGAUUAUGAUGGCCAGUGCUCCCACCAUUCAAUCUGGUGCAGCAGUGACAUUGGUGUCUGAGAACAACCAGACUAGAGCUCCUUUCGGUCAAAAUGAGCAUGGAAAUCUAAAGGCUUAUGAAAACAUGAGCAUGUAUGGUAUUAAUGAUCCCUAUGGAAGGGGUGUGUAUUACUUGCCACAGCAAACUUCAGGUAAUAUGAAGGCUAACUAUGAUCCAAAUGUGGCCUCAGCAGCAGCAGCAGCAGUAGCAGGAGGAGGAGGAGGAGGAGGAUACAACAACUGGAUUGCACCAACACCCACACAGGCCUUGGCACCCAGGCCUAACAUCACAGUUUGUCAUGCACCCAUUUUCAGCAUAUGGAAUGACCCAUGAAGCCAAACUGUGAAAAGAAAGCUCUUAAAACCUUAACCCUUCAUUUUGCACAUUUUUGAAAGGGAUUAAGACCUUUUCUCUCCUGCUUCUUUGGUUCAGGCUUCACCUGCAAUUUAUCUAACUUUUUGGCCGAAAUUAUGAAGUGAAUUUUGUGACUAUUUCAUCACUUCUGUUACGUGGGAGAUGGACAGCACCAAUCCUGAAUUCCGUUCGUUCCUUCUUCAAACAUUUCACUGAAUACGUUUGUAUAUUCAGCACUUUUUUGUAAAUCGGGGUUAUUUAUACUGCAUUUUCUUUCUCAAGUUGGGUUGAGAAACUGAUCA